AUGCCUAAUAAUCUUCACUCUGGAGGAGUUCCCAAGAGUAAAUUGAAGCGGAAAACUCCCUCGGAGUUGAGGGGGGAACUACUGAAGAAAAAGAAUUUACUGGAGGGCUCAUAUGAUAUCGGAACUUCUAUUGGUUCCAUGAGGAAUGCUGAUGGAGCAGUUCCUGAGAGCAACAAAUCUGAUCCAUUAAAAGCGGUGCGAUUGAGAACGUUGGAUGAACACUUUCCCGUCACUAAAUCGAGUAGGCUUUUUUGCAGAAAGGAAAUUCUCAAGGAAAAUAUUCCUAGCAAGUGUGUUGGCUUCAUUAAGAAUUCAAGUCUCACUUCAGAUUCAAAAGAUAAACAUGAAGUACAGAACUCAUGUUUUGAGGGCACUGUUGCUUCAGAAGAUGGCAAUGACACUUCAAGACAAAUUAACAACUCGUCUGACAAAUGUGUUACUAAUACUUUUAAGAGUGUUCGAGAUUUAUCCUUUGGGGGUGGAAUGAUAUACAACUCCACAUUAGUAGACAUGGGUAGAGCUCUAAAAGGACUUGUUUCAUGUGAACCUCAUGCGGCUUCUGCUCCACUUGCGCAGCCUAUGCAUAGAUCAGGGAAUAUUGUGCAGCAACGCCUUUCAGAAAUCCAUAUACCUGGGCAGAAAAGUCCCCUUGAUUUGACACUAAAAACUAGUAUGCGUGUGCUGUCAUCAUCAUCUGUUAAUUGGUUUCAUAGGUUAAGUAAUUGUGCCACUUUAGAUGUCAUGGGUUUAUUUUCACAUGAGCGUUUCCAAGGCCAAAAUAUGACCUUGGCACACCCUACCUGCACCAGCCAAAUCGUAAGGUUUGGGGUAUUUCAUUCUUGGGUGCACCCCCAAUCCAGUCUACCCCAUGUAGUUAUAUCAACAUUGACAUCUGCAGUAGCAGUGUGCACAGUGCACUUUGUAGCUAUGUUUACCAUAUCUGAUGGCCCAAACAAAACUAAGCAUCCUUGCUAUGCCUAUGUGUCACAAUCAACGAGAAGUCUGAGGUCACUUCUGAAAGAGCAUGAUGCUUCAUUUUCUAUGCCUCUUUGCCACUCUAAAGUGGAGGAAGUCACUGCAGAAGACCUAGUUGCACUUUCUGAAAUUGAAAGAAACAACCUUGGAAAGCCGUUAGAAUCUGGCAGUGCUUAUAUUUCCAGUUACAGUCUGAUCCAAGGUUUCUUGCUUUUAGAAGAUCAGAAUUUUCAGUCAUCUCUAUCCCUUUACACCCCUUUAAGUGGUACUGAUGUACCUGUUCUAUAUUCCCCAGUUCUUUUUGAAAACGCUUCACUCUGUGCUUCUGAGGUUAGAAGGGUGGUAAAGGACUCUAAUAUGUAUAGUGAAGCCAUGAGAAGUUCAUCUCCAGGCAUUUGCUAUAGUAUUGAAAUUAGGGAUGCAUAUAUUCCGCCUUGGGUAAUUUCUGGAGUUUGCGAUACUUUGCGCUCAAAUGGGGGUGACUUUCAAGCCAGUUUCGUGACAGAGUCCACAUCUAUUGGCUUGAACGUUGGUCUAGACACAGCGACUAACCAACCUCCCCAGCAAGCCGAGACAGGUUCUGGUCAAUCACAUUUUGUUUUCGAUGCCUCAAUAGAGACAUCUAAGUUUCGCAGAGAUCACUUCACUUUUUUCAGUGUUUUAACCUAA